AUGGAUGGAGGGGAAAGUGUCAGAUCGGGGAGAAGUGAGAGGUCAGAGCGGUCAUUGAGAAGCCAUGGAAGCAACCAUCAUGGCAAUGGAGGGCAUCAUCGUCAGCACGGGAGACCUCAGAUUCCCUCACGGGCUGGGAGUCACAGAGGGAUGUCCAGAGGUCACAACCAUGACAUGGAAAGAAUGGACCGAUCUGUGACCAUUAAAACCCCGGGGCAAGAGGUAGAUGUGGAGAGAAGGGGUGGGGAAGAGAGGAUUGAAGUGCAGGUGAUCCCACAAGAUGACAACUGGGGUGAUAAUACCACAGCCAUCACGGGCAACACCAGCGAGACUGGAUUCUCCAUGGAAGAUCUGGCCAAAUUUGCUGUGAAGGACAGCAGUGGACAUGCCGAAGUGAACUGUGCCAGGUAUGUGGGUACCACCUUGACUGUUAUUCUCAGCAUGGUAGCCUUCUUGUCUCCCAUUGCCAUGCUGGUUCUUCCAAAACUGGAUAUUAUCCAGUGGCGUGCGGAUGUGGACAGACCGGGGGAGUGCCAGCCAGAAUGCGAAGGACUCCUGAUCAGUUUUGCCUUUAAGUUAUUGGUACUUUUGAUUGGUGCUCUGGCACUAUUUUUCAGAAAGCCAAGAGCAACCAUGCCGAGAGUAUUUGUAUUUCGAGCGGUUGUUCUCUUUCUAGUUUUUGUCUUGACGUUUGCUUUUUGGCUGUUUUAUGGAGUCCGCAUUGUCAAGGAAAAACAAGGAACAUAUGAGGGCAUAGUCAAGUUCGCUUUAUCUCUGGUGGACAGCCUGCUGUUUGUUCACUAUAUCGCCAUCAUUCUGCUAGAGGUUCGGCAACUGCAGCCUCAGUUUGCCAUCAAAGUGGUACGUUCCCCUGACGGAGAAUCACGGGUCUACAACAUUGGUGUUCUCAGCAUUCAGAGGGCGGCUGUGUAUAUACUGGAACAUUAUUAUAGAGAUUUUGAGAUGUACAACCCUUAUCUAGAAAACGUGACCAAAAAACACAGUAAACAUUCGAGUACAGCCUUCAAAGUGUAUGACAUAGACGGGAAUGCACCCAGCAUACCUGGCAGUCAGGGGCAGAACAGAGCUGUGUUCCCUGGAACAGCCAGAAGGCGGGAAACCGGGCACAACGACAGGUUUUACGACGAGCAGGAGUAUGAGAGGAGAGUGCGUAAACGCAGAGCUCGCCUUCUUGUUGUCACAGAGGAGGCAUUUACACACAUAAAGCGCAUGCAUGAUGAGCAAGGCCCUGCCAUUCCUAUGGACCCCCAAGAAGCUGCAGCAGCUGUUUUUCCAUCCCUCGCCCGAGCUUUACAGAAGUACCUGCGGGUGACACGCCAGCAGCCACGGUACACAAUGGACUCAGUCCUCAACCACCUGGCCUGUUGCAUCUCACAUGACAUGAGCCCGCGAGCAUUUAUAUCACAAUACCUAACCCAGGGCGCCGUUAUUUGUGGCAGCGAGCAAGAAGUCCGAAGCACAGAGAGAUGGGUGCUGGUGUGUGAGCAGCUUCUCACGAGAGAACUGGACAAUCACAUGGUCUUCCAGCUGAAGAAGGGGCCAGUAUCUUUACUUUGUACUGUCACCAGGAUUCCUCACUUCAGUUUGACAGAGGAAAUGCUGCACCCCAAGUCCAACAAAUUUGUACUGCAGUUGAAUUCGGAGACUUCUGUAUGA